AUUGUGUGACCAAAUAAUAUACAAUAGCCACACUUAUAUAUCUAAACUUUUAAUCAUCUCGUAAGGGUUCCCACCUCUUACCAUAUCUGUUCUUGGUUUCAAUUUGAGAAGAUCGACUUUGUGAAUCCCUUUUAUCUAUGAGAUUAACGUUAGUUCUUAAACGUGCAUGUGUAAUUUUCUGUUCCCUCCGUACCGGAGAUGAUCUAGGUUAAUUUCUGAAUUGUUCAAUUAGGAGAGUUUUAGAUCUGCAGAUUUGAGUUCAAGUGAAGCAGAUUUGAGGCUUGGUUCUAAUUGCAGGCCACGGGGAUUGGAAUUUCCUAUGAUCCCUCCUCAUAUUACGACCGGAAAAGCCUGGUGCAAGACGUUGCUGAUUCGUUUAGAACCGGAGCUGCAACGAACAACUGGAAUGAGUGACCAAAGCUAUUAUUACUGGUGUCGAAAUGACUGGAAUGAGUGAUAGAGUUUGUGUUGACCUUUGCAGCCUCAUGAAACCUGGUAUUCUCAGCCCAUCUGUUCUGGUUUUCUGAUAUUUUUUUCUUUAUAAAUUUGAUAUUUUUUAAUAAAUUCCUGAAAUAUUUAUUUGUAGGUUGGAUCUUUUGCUAGAGGAUUAUUUCUUGUUCACUCACAGUCAAACUACAUUGCUACUAGGCCUUUCGCAGUUAACACUUCCCGUCCAUGCCUAUAUGGCGAUUUCAGGAGAACCUUCAGUCGCCGAAAUUUGUCUAGUAGUGGUAUGCGAGGUAGCUCAGGCAGCUACUUAUGUUGUCGGCGAUGACAAUGGCUGGACGUUUAACGUCAAUGGCUGGGAAAAAGGCAAGAAUUUCAACGCAGGCGAAGUCCUUGUGUUUAAGUACGCAAAAGGAUCACAUAAUGUGGUGGCUUUGGACGAGGGAGGCUAUUGUGGAUGGGAUGUAUCCCCAUACGAUGCAAAGGUGUACACAAGUGGAAAUGACCAAAUUACCCUUGUGAAGGGUUCUAACAGCUUCAUUUGCAGUUUAUCUGAUCACUGUAAUAGUGGCAUGAGGCUUUUAAUCUCUGCAUCUUAAACAACAAGAUAAUAGUAUUUGACUUUGAGUUAUGGAAUAAUGUGUUUCUUGCCUAUUUAUUGUGUGUCUUGUUAUAGAUGUAUUAUUAUCAAUUGUUUACUCUAAGAUAAAACUAUCUAUGACAAGUUUUCGAUAUAGCAGUUGCUAUCACCAACACAAAAACACCUCGGUUUAACAUUCCUAUGUUAGUGAUGGAGAUUUAUGGCUGGUUAUCUGUGCUAUUCGCCAGAAUAACUGGAAAACUUACACUUAUUAGCCCUCCGGUACUUCCAUUUUCAUGUUUAUUUUACGAUAUUCCCCGCUUGCGGUGUGCAUAUAUAAUAUAUAUUAGUUAUUGUUUUA